AUGACUGGUUCUAAUGAAUUUAAGCUAAACCAAGCCCCUGAGGAUGGGAUUUCCGCUGUUAAGUUCAGCCCAAACACCUCUCAGUUCUUAUUGGUCUCUUCCUGGGAUUCCUCAGUCCGCCUGUAUGAUGUUCCUGCAAACACCAUGAGACUGAAAUACCAGCAUGCUGGUCCUGUCCUAGACUGUGCUUUCUAUGAUCCUACUCAUGCUUGGAGUGGUGGUCUGGAUCAUCAGCUAAAGAUGCAUGACUUGAAUACGAUGCAGGAGAAUAUGGUUGGGAAUCAUGACGCCCCCAUUCGUUGUGUUGAGUUCUGCCCGGAGGUAAAUGUUAUGGUUACUGGGAGCUGGGACCAGACGGUGAAAUUAUGGGACCCGCGGACUCCAUGCAAUGCCGGAACCUUCUCUCAGCCAGAUAAGGUGUAUACACUGUCUGUGUCUGGGGACAGGCUAAUUGUGGGUACAGCUGGCCGAAGGGUGCUGGUGUGGGAUCUGAGGAACAUGGGUUACGUACAACAGAGGCGUGAAUCAAGUCUUAAGUACCAAACACGCUGUAUCAGAGCUUUCCCAAAUAAACAGGGCUAUGUGCUGAGCUCCAUCGAAGGAAGAGUUGCCGUUGAGUAUUUGGACCCGAGCUUGGAAGUUCAGAAGAAAAAAUACGCCUUCAAAUGUCACCGAUUGAAAGAGAACAACAUUGAGCAAAUCUAUCCAGUCAAUGCAGUUUCCUUCCACAGUGUACACAACACCUUUGCCACAGGUGGCUCAGAUGGCUUUGUCAAUAUUUGGGAUCCUUUCAACAAAAAACGCCUGUGCCAAUUCCACCGCUACCCGACCAGCAUCGCCUCCCUGGCCUUCAGCAACGACGGCAGUACUCUGGCAAUUGCUGCCUCCUACAUGUACGAAAUGGAUGACAUUGAACACCCUGAAGAUGGUAUCUUCAUACGGCAAGUGACAGACGCUGAGACAAAGCCCAAGUGA